AUGUCGUCUUCACACCUACCAGCCAUCGCCCCCCAAACAUGGAGACGCGCGGAAGCCAACGACGGGUUCUUUAUCUCGACCGACCCAACAUUUCUAUCUGUCACAGCUGUCAACGAGGCCUUCGGGAGGGACUUUCUAUACUGGGCAAAGCCAGUUCCGGAAAAGGCCAUGCGACAAAUGCUCUAUGGUUCGCUAUGCUUCGGCGCAUAUUAUACAGACCCCAACGGUGUUCAGCAACAGAUAGGACUUGCACGCAUGGUCACCGAUAACGUUACUUUCGCGUAUCUGACCGAUGUCUACGUUCUCCCCGAGCACCAAGGCCGGGGACUGGGCCGCUGGCUUAUCGAGUGUGUGGCUGAGGUAUUCCAUCCGACCAACAUGCCGUGCCUGCGGCGGAUCAUGCUUGUCACUGGGGACCAGCGCAUGCAGGACUUUUACCAGAAGAUCUUUGGUAUGAAGGUCGUGGGCCAGGAAGUGCGUGAAGAUAUGGGGAAGAUGUUGACGUUUCUAUGUGCGAGACCCAAUGCGCAGUCAUGA